CUUCAACCAAACAUGAGGUGGCCAGAAGCAGGUUUCAUCGGCUACACAAACGAUGAUGACUGUCGUCGUGGUGGGAUAGAAAUACCAUCGCAAGUGCCGAGAUUUUCCUGUGUCCGAACGCUUCACCUUCAUCGAUAACCAGCAAGCAAACGAACCAUCCAGGCUCAGCAAACCUUGAAUAUCUUCACCUCAACCAACCCCAUCAUCAACAACAACAACAACAACAACAACAACAACAACAACAACAACAACAACAACAACCACACAACAAGCAUCAACAUGCCUCUCUUCUCCCGCCACGCCGAGCCCGAGCCCGCCCCGGCCCCCGUCUACCAGGAGCCCGCUCCCAAGCGCCACUCCCUCUUCGGCGGUUCCCACCACCGCUCGCCCUCUCCCGGGUCGCCCACCUACUCCUCCGCUUCGGACCGCAACCGCUCCACCAGCCGAGACUCCGGACACGGAACUCAGCGCAAGGGCAGCCUGUUGUCUCGCACCUUUGGCAACGGUACCUCGACCAGCCACGACGUCGACCCGUCCAUCAUGCAGGCUCGCGAGCGCGUUAUGAUGGCCGAGGCUGCUGAACGCGAUGCGGAUCGAGCGCUGAUGGCUGCCAGGGAGAGUGUAAGGCAGGCUAGGGAGCAUGUGAGGGCGUUGGAGCUCGAGGCACAGGAGGAGGCGAGGAGGGCCAAGAUUAAGCAGUACCAUGCUAAGGAGGUGUCAAAGAGGGGAAAGCAGUUGGGACGUCACGGCAUUUGAAUGCUCGUUCCCCAUCAACACUUCCGUUCGGUCUCUCGGUGAAGGAAAGAAGCUAGCUAAUGCGUUUUCUUCUUCUGUUGAUCCUGUUUUAAUACGUUCUUCCUUUGGCUUUUGUUAGAUUAUAAUAUCCACACGCACUCGGAGAAGGAGUUUUGAGUUCGAUGUACAAUGUGACAGAAGGAGGGAAGUCGCGAUGAGCAUAGCACGAGCAGGCAAGAAGCAAUAAGUCUAGUUGUUAUUUACUUUCUAAUAGGAAACCCUACCCUCACCCCAACGGUUCCUACCCGCACCCUCCCCUACCUAAAAAAAUAGGGCAGUCUAGC